CGGCAGCGAAAGGUUGGCACAUGCGCAGUGUGGGUUGAGUGGGUUACCUCAGUGGCCGGAGUCUGCUCUGUACCAGUGCGCGUCACUCUCUGCUCUGUUUUUCCUUCACCCCGUCCUCUGCCAACCGGCAAGUGUCCCCCUCCCGCUGUUACCGCACUCACCCCGGACCGGCUGAUCUGUCAUCCUAAUGUCACCCUGAGAGAUUGUCACCCCCGCCUUGUGCCGGGCUCUAUGCUCCUGCUGGACCAUGAAUCUGCACCAGGUGCUGCCCGGAGCCGUCAACCCGGGGGAUCAUUGCUUCUCUGUGGGGAGCCUGCUGGAGCAGCCCAUUACGGCUUACGCAUCUGGAUGUGAUGUGGUGAUUCUGGGAAGUGAUUUUGAAAGGCUACAAGUGAUCCCUGGAGUUCAACAUGGAAAUGUUCUGGUUGGCUGCGUGGACUGUUCUAUGCAACAGGGCAGGAUUGCGGCUUCGUAUGGCAAUGUGAUUUGCAUCUUUGAACCUGUGAAUCUGUUAAAACAAAAAAGUUCACCGUCACAAGGAAGUCGUACACAGUGGCAGAAGAGUGGCCACAUAGUAUUGGAUUCUGUUGCACAUGAUUUAACUUGGGACCCAACAGGUACACGCCUACUAACUGGAUCAAGCAGCCUACAGCUAUGGUCUAGUACUUCUUUGGACAAACGAUCCAAUGAGGACGGUCAGGAAAACACAGAUGCAGACUUUGCAAACUGGAAAUGUGUCUGGCAGUGCAGAACAGCGUUUUCUGUGCAUUUAAUGAAAUUUUCCCCUGAUGGAGAAUUUUUUGCUACUGCUGGCAAGGAUGACUGCCUGGUUAAGGUUUGGUACAAUACCGAAAGCUGGCAUUCUGCAGUUACAUCUCCUCUUACAAGUCCAGAGAAAGAAGGUCAAGGAGAAGUAGACUUUUCUUUCAUCUAUCUUGCUCACCCUAGAGCAGUAAAUGGAUUUUCUUGGCGAAAAACAAGUAAAUUCAUGCCUCGAGGAUCUGUGUGUAACGUUCUUCUGACAUGCUGCAAGGACAACAUUUGCCGUUUGUGGACAGAGACACUACUGCCCAAUGAUAGCCUGUUAUGUGGAGAUGGGUUCAAUCAAAAGGUUGAGCCAGAUGGCUUAAAUAAUUUCAAAAGAAACCCUUCAAAUAAAGAGCGAGUACAGAGUGCAAUAGAGUUGAACUUGAGGCAUUUUCGUAGAGGCAGGAAGAGAUCAUUAUGCUUGGUGGCACACACAGGAUAUCCACCUCAUCAACAUGACGCUCACGAUGUACAUCGGAACACCCCCCAUAAUGGCAACGCACUUUGUCACUUUCACAUUGCAGCUAGCAUCAACCCUGCUACAGACAUUCCUCUUCUUCCAUCUAUUUCAUCAAUGAGCCUCAGUGAGACAGAAGAAAAAAGUGGACCAUUCGUAGUGCAUUGGCUGAAUAACAAAGAGUUACAUUUUUCUCUGUCUAUGGAGGUCUUUCUUCAGCAGCUCAGGAAGAGUUGGGAACAGCAGUCGUCAGAGGCUUGUAUAGAUGAAGCAAACCAGGAAGAAGGGAACUCAGAAGAAGAUGAAGAUAAUGAAGAAGCCGAUUCAAAAUUGCCAAAUGAGAAAAAGGAAGUGAAUGGGGUAAAACCUGUUGUACAUUCUUCCAGUAGUGUGUCCUUCCCAUCAUCUGUUAUUGAUCAUGAAAUUGAAAUCUUGCUUUCUGAAUGGAACAAGAAUCCAGACAUGCUUUUUAGUAUCCAUCCUGUGGAUGGCUCUUUGCUUGUAUGGCAUGUUGACUGGUUGGAUGAGUAUCAGCCUGGAAUGUUUCGCCAAGUGCAGGUAUCCUUUUCCUGUAGAAUUCCUGUAGCAUUUCCUACCGGAGACGCAAACUCCCUCUGUCGAAGUAUUGUGAUGUACGCAAGCACUAAAAAUGUAGAUUUAGCUAUUCAGCAGGGCAAACAAAAGCCUGCAUCUAUGGCACGAUCCACCUCUAUGCUCAUUUCUGCUGGGCAAAGUAAAUCGAGCAGUCUAAAGCUGAGCAUCUUUACUCCCAAUGUGUUAAUGAUAUCCAAGCAUGCAGAUGGUUCCCUGAAUCAGUGGCAGGUGAGCUUUGCUGAAGAAUCUGCCUUUUCCACUGUGCUCAGCAUUUCCCACAAGUCUCGGUACUGUGGCCAUCGUUUUCACCUGAAUAACCUUGCCUGCCAUUCUGUUCUACCACUACUGCUGACUACUUCUCGUCACAAUGCACUGCACUUGACAAAGGUAAAUGGCGAUACUGGGACACCUAACUCUUUACAAGAUGGAGAUAGUUCUAUAAACGACAAUGGAGAGGAAGCAUCAGAAAGUUACCAGGAUCCUAAUGCAGUGUACAGUGAAUUAAUCCUUUGGCGCGUUGAUCCUGUUGGACCGCUUUCUUUUUCUGGUGGAGUUUCUGAGCUGGCUCGUAUCAAUUCCCUUCAUGGUUCUGCCUUCUCCAAUGUAGCUUGGUUACCCACACUUAUACCAAGUUAUUGUUUAGGUACAUACUGCAAUUCUCCAAGUGCAUGUUUUGUUGCCAGCAAUGGGCAGAAUUUAAGGCUGUAUCAGGCUGUAAUAGAUGCUAAAAAGCUCUUGUGUGAGCUGUCCAAUCCUGAUAUAUCAACAUACGUUGGGGAAGUUUUUAACAUUAUUAGUCAGCAGUCCACUGCUAGACCAGGAUGUAUUAUAGAACUGGAUGCCAUUACUAACCUGGAUGGCAGAAAAACACAACUGUUGCAUGUCUUUCAAGAAGACUUUAUAAUGGCAAACCAGGAGAAUGAAACAACAGGAACCAGCGGCAUUUCGUCUAAUUCUGAACGCUCCCACAAUGAUUUUUCUGAGAAAUUUUUCCUGGUGGUAAUUGAAUGUACCAAAGAAAAACGUUCAAUCUUACACAUGUGGAAGUUACAUCUAAAGUCUGUUCCUGUCUCCGUGGAGGAUAGGUCCAACACAUCUGAUAAUGUUCCACCCAAAGAAGACUCCUUUAGUUCUGCUUCAGGAGAGAAGGUGCAGUCACCUCUUACACAAAGAUAUCAAACAUGUAAAGCAAAUCUUCAGAGUACCAGCAAGAUGACCCUUUCAUCAGAGCUUGUAUACAGCCAAGAGUUGAGUUUGCCGGAUGCUGUUGAAGUCAUUAGUGUUAAACCAUCUGCAGGUCACCUGAGUAGUUCUUCCCUUUACCCAGUGAGUAAUGCACCCUAUCUACUAGCAACUUCUUGCUCUGAUGAUAAAGUCAGGUUUUGGAGGUGCCGAGUGGAAUCGGAGCUUUCACUUUCUCCCACUGACAUAGAGAAUUGUGUAGCAUAUAUUUGGGAGGAAUGGCCUUUAUUGAUUGAAGAUGGUCUGCAAAAUGGAGCUGUGAGUGUUCCAGGUAGGCCCAUAGAAGUCAGCUGUGCCCAUACGAACUGUCUGGCUGUAGCAUUCAAACAAGCACCAAGUAAACACAACGCUUCUCAAGAAUUUUUAAUGCAUGUUAGCAUCUUUGAAUGUGAAUCUACUGGUGGCUCCUGUUGGAUUCUGGAACAAACCAUUCACUUGGAUGAACUAAGCACAAUGUUGGAGCCUGGCAUUAGCGUUGACAAUAAUCUCGUAGCUUACAAUAAACAGGAUUUGUUCUCAUCUUCCAACAAACAACUCCAACAUAGUACAAAACAUUUGGUCCAUUUGGACUGGAUGUCCAGGGAGGAUGGCUCUCAUAUGUUGACAAUAGGGAUUGGUACAAAGCUUCUUAUGUAUGGGCAGGUUGCUAGAAAAGCCCAAGAAUCCUCAUGUAAAGAGAGUUUUGCCUUGCAGCUCUGGGAUACUGCCAAAACCACAGCUCAGCCAAGGUUUGUAUUGCUUCGAUGUGUGGAUCUUGUGUCUUCUGUGGAAGGCUCUCUUCCUUUACCAGUGUCUUUAUCUUGGGUUCGGGAUGGGAUUCUCGUUGUUGGAAUGGACUGUGAAAUGCAUGUCUACUCUCAAUGGCAGCCUUUUUCUAAACAAGACUCUGCAAGCACAGAGUCCUACAAUGGAAGCACCCCAUCCCUCACAAACUUGGUUAAGCAGAGCCAUUCAGUUCCAUCUGGUCUGAAUCCACCAAAGAAAACUAUGACAAGGUCAAUGACUAGCUUAGCUCAAAAGCUUAUGGGGAAGAAAACCGCAUUUGAUCUUCCUGUGGAGAUGGAGGACUAUGGACUUUUUGAAGCUGCUCAUGCUUUAUUUCCAACUUUGCCACAAUAUCAUCCGUUGCAACUGAUGGAAUUGAUGGAUCUAGGAAAAGUACGCAGAGCAAAGGCUAUAUUAUCUCAUCUUGUAAAAUGUAUUGCAGGAGAGGUUGUUGCAAUUAAUGAUAAUGAACCCAACCAUGAACGCAGGCUCCGUUCACUUUCAAUCAGUGCCAGUGGAAGUACUUCUCGAGACCCCAAAACUUUCAGCAAACCAGAAAGCGCUGACUACACAGAAAUUGAUUCUGUGCCUCCUCUACCAUUGUAUGCACUUCUUGCUGCAGAUGAGGAUACAUCUUUCGUUUCCACAGUGGAAAUGACCAGCAAUCAAAACAAUUCCAACAAACAAAGAGACAACAGUAAAAAUGCAGAAAACUAUGAUGAGCUUUUCCAAGUUCCAACAAUUGGCUCCGAAGAGCUAACAACUUUAGAGUCUGAAGAAGAUAACACAAAACCACAAGUUAUAGACUUGUCACAGUACAGCCCCACUUAUUUUGGUCCUGAACAUUCAAAAGUGCUAUCUAAGCAUUUGCUUCAUUCUAGCUUACCUGGCAUGACCCGCAUAGAACAGAUGUCUUUGAUGGCUUUGGCCGAUACAAUCGCCACAACUAGUACAGAUAUUGGUGAAAGCAGAGAUCGCAGCCAAGGUGGCGAGACCCUUGAUGAAUGUGGACUGAAGUUCUUCCUAGCUGUUCGACUUCAUACCUUUCUCGCUACAUCCCUUCCACCAGCAUAUCGAAUUCAGCUUUCUCAUCAAGGCCUGUCUACUAGCCAUUUCGCUUGGGCCUUUCAUUCUGUGGCAGAGGAAGAGCUGCUUGCCACACUGCCUCCUAUGCAGAAAGGAGACCCCUCUUGGGCAGAGUUGAGAGCGAUGGGAGUGGGCUGGUGGGUAAGAAACGCAAACAGCUUGCGCAAAUGUAUUGAGAAGGUUGCAAAGGCUGCUUUUCAGCGAAAUAAUGAUCCCUUAGAUGCAGCAAUUUAUUACUUGGCAAUGAAGAAGAAAGCUGUAAUAUGGGGGUUGUAUAGAUCUCAAAAAGAUACUAAGAUGACUCAGUUUUUUGGGCAUAACUUUAGUGAAGAAAGAUGGAGGACAGCAGCCCUGAAGAAUGCUUUUUCUCUACUUGGAAAACAGCGUUUUGUGCAUUCCGCAGCAUUUUUCCUUCUAGCUGGAUCUCUGAAGGAUGCAGUGGAGGUUUGCCUUGAAAAGCUACAUGACAUUCAGCUUGCACUGGUGAUAUCAAGGCUGUAUGAGUCUGAAUUUGAAAAAUCUUCAACAUAUAAAUCUAUUCUUCAAAAAAGAGUGUUGGGAAUAGCGUCACAUGGCCGAGAACCAAGUCUCUCCAACAUGCACGCAGACCCUUUUGUGAGGAGUAUGGCUUACUGGAUCCUGGAGGAAUACAAGCACGCUUUGGAUACCUUACUUAAGCAGCUAGUUAGGAAUAAAGAAGACGAUUCUUGGAGCCUGUCUUCAAGUUGUGAUCCAUCAGUCUUCAAUUUCUAUAAUUUUUUAAGAACGCAUCCCAUGUUAUUGAGACAUAAUUUUGGUUCUUCAGAAUCGCCCUCUACCAAAGUGUGCCUAUCUAUGGAAAAUGCUUUGGCUGACAAAAUUAACCUAAGUGAAAGAAGGUUAUUUUUCACCACUGCCCAUGCUCAUUUAAAAGCUGGAUGUCCAAUGCUAGCCCUCGAGGUAUUAUCCAAAAUGCCUAAAGUGGUGAAAAAAUCAAAGCCUCUACUUCGAACAUCAAGUCUGGCAGAUACUAGUAAAGUAUCCACUCCUGUAUCUCCCUUACAUGAAGAAAAGAAAGACUCCGCUUGUGACUUUGACUGGUCAAGCUCCAUGGUCAAUGGUUUAUCUGACUUAUCCUCUACGAAGCAAACACAUUCUGUCAGUUCAUUAGAUUGGAGCCAACCAUCAAUAAUAAUCGAAGAUGAGCCCUUAGAAUUAGAGUGGGAUAGUGAGACAGAAUCUGAGGCAUCUGGAUUAUCAAUGAAGCAUGUAAAACCUUCACAAAGCACAGAAAGCAAUAAACAAGUAAUGACUGGUGAAAGUUACUCGGAUUCCUGUAGCAUUGAUGAGAAUGAUUUUCUUAGUCCCACAGAAGAUGUGAUCGCUGCCCAGCUUAAGUUUAGAGCUUGCCUAAAGAUUCUUACUGGGGAGCUGCGUACAUUAUCCACGGGUUAUGAAGUUGAUGGUGGAAAACUGAGAUAUCAGCUGUAUAGCUGGCUGGAAAGAGCAGUUGUUGCUCUUCAAAAGAUUUGUAAAUAUUGUGUUAAUGUGGAUGAUCUGAGUUCUGUGGGAGCUGAUGAAUAUUCUUACAAUGAUAGCUUGGAUGACUCUUUGGAUCAAGCAACAUCAAAGCAGAGAAAAGAACUCCUUGAGAGACGUCAGUGGCUGUUAAAAUUUCAAUCACUGUUAAGAAUGUUCCUGAGUUUUUGUGUACUUCAUGGCUCUCAUGGUGGUGGUUUGGCCUCUGUACGUAUGGAAUUAAUACUACUUUUGCAGGAGUCACAGCAGGAUAGCUCACUCCUUUCCAAUCCUCAGACAGAGCAGACUUCAAUUCCACUUCUUUUUGCUUGCACAGCAAGUGCCAAAACUGUUGUAGCCAAUCCUUUGCAACACCUGAGCAACUUAACUCAUGAUAUCUUACAUGCCAUAAUAAAUCUUGAUUCACCGCCUCAUCCGGAUAUACAAAACAACAAGAUUUAUGUAAUGCAUACUCUAGCUGCAUCCCUUUCUGCCUGCAUAUAUCAGUGCCUUUGUGGAGGACAAGCCAACAGUGCCUCCAUGCAGACCAAUCCAUUCACAGGUAUGGCGUAUCAGAGUGUUCUGCUUAUUCACAGACAACCAAUAAGAACAACAAGUCUGGAUGAAGCAGUGAUACCAAACACAUCUCCCACUCAUUGGCCAGGAAUUACUUCAUUAAUUCGCUUGCUGAAUUCUGCUGGAGAGGAAGCUCAACCAGGGCUCACUAUUCUGCUUUGUGAAAUUCUGACUGCUGUCUACUUGAGUUUGUUCAGUCAUGGACUAGCCACUCACUCCAGCCAGGAAUUAUUCUGUGUCGUUGCUCAUCCUCUGAAUGACAAGAUGUGGUCUGCGGUCUAUGGAGGAGGAGCACGAAUCCCAUGCAGGGGGCAGAUGCCUGUUAAACCUGUCACAGGGAAAUACUUUUCUAUUCCCAGCCCUCAUCAGGUAGUUGUGUUCUCCAUGGAAUGUGUUGGCUUUACCAAAGCCCUUACUGCCAUCAGUACUCAUAGUCCUCCCAGCCCUGCAGUUGUGGUAUCCCCUUCUAUAGAAGAAAGUGACCAGAUUAAGCGCAUCAAAUCUUCUACAAUACUUCAGUCCAAAGAAAGUCCAUCUACCUUUGCUUCACCGGUGUUGGAGCAGGGGUCGUCUAUUUUCCGGGAAAAAUUCAUCCCUCCUGAGCUCAGCAUCUGGGAUUACUUUAUAGCCAAGCCUUUUAUUCCUCUUUUACAAAACAGGCUUGAGUACGAUUCAGAGGAUAGUCAAGGAAGCAAUGAUGAGGAUGAUGAUGAUGUCUCAUUAUCAGAAGUCCAGGUCCAGGAACACUCCAAUCCUAACUCAUAUAGCUGGGCUCUGAUGCGUCUUGCAAUGGUACAAUUUGUCCUUCAGAAUUUGAAAGGCUUUUACCCAUUGGCUGGACAUGACCUUUCAGAUCUUCCUGUAGCCUCACCCCUCUGUCAUGCCACUCUUAAGACUUUGCAGAGGUGGGAACAGGUGCUCCUGCGAAGACUUGAAAUAUAUGGAGGUCCACCACAGGAUUUUAUUACCAUGCCAAGCACAGACGAGGUUCCGUCUGCUGGACCUGCAAUCUUGAGGCACAAAGCAUUGUUGGAGCCAACAAAUUCACCUUUUAAAUCCAAGCACUCAAGUACCUUGCCAGUAAAGAGGCUUUGGCAAUAUCUAGUAAAACAAGAGGGAAUCCAGGAAACCUUUAUAAGGAAUAUUUUUACAAAGAAAAGAUCUUUGAAUGAGACGGAAACAGAUCAGGGUUCUUCAGGCGGAAGAGCAAGAAUAAUCCACAAAGAGUCUGACAUAAUUACUGCAUUUUCAGUAAAUAAGGCCAACAGAAACUGCAUUGCUAUUGCUUCUAGCCAUGAUAUCCAGGAACUUGAUGUCUCUGCAAUUCUGGCUACCCAGAUUUACUCCUGGAUUGAUGAGGACUUUGAAACUGAAAAUAAAGGAUCAGAUGACUUCUUGGUUGUACACACACGUGAUGAUAUCUCACCUGCGCAGGCAUCCACUCCUUACACCCACAGUAACCCAGGCACCCCUAUAAACAUGCCUUGGCUAGGAGGAUUUCAGACUGGAAGGGGUGCGUCUGUGUUGAUAAAGAGAACAAUCAAAGAUGUUCGAAGAAUGGCAUCACAUCCAACACUGCCUUACUAUCUUACUGGUGCUCAAGAUGGCAGUGUAAGAAUGUUUGAAUGGGGUCAUGCUCAACAGAUAACAUGCUUCCGGGCAGGUGGGAAUUCCAGGGUAACACGGAUAAAGUUUAACCAUCAAGGGAACAAGUUUGGAGUUGUUGAUGCUGAUGGGUUUAUCAGUCUGUAUCAGACCAACUGGAAGUAUAGUGCUGCUAGCGGAAGCCUGGCUAAGCCUUAUUUGACCUGGCAGUGCCAUAACAAAACCACCAAUGACUUUGUGUUUGUAAGUUCCUCUUCCCUAAUAGCUACAGCUGGACAGUCAAGUGAUAACAGAAAUGUCUGUAUGUGGGAUACCCUGGUAGCACCUGCCAACAGUUUAGUUCAUGCCUUUACUUGCCAUGACAGUGGAGCAACUGUGGUUGCUUAUGCACCAAAAAAUCAGCUGCUAAUAUCUGGAGGCAGGAAAGGAUUCACAUGUUUGUUUGACUUGCGUCAGAGACAACAGAGGCAUGUUUUCCAGAGCCAUGAUUCUGCCGUGAAGGCCAUUGCUAUAGACCCAACAGAAGAAUAUUUCAUUACAGGAUCUGCAGAAGGAAACAUUAAGGUCUGGAGCCUUUCAAAUUUCACGUUGUUGCACACUUUUCUCAAUGAGCAUGCACGACAGUCCCUCUUCAGAAAUAUUGGAACAGGGGUGAUGCAGAUAGAGACUGGACCAGCCAACUACAUCUUUUCAUGUGGCGCUGAUGGCACUGUCAAAAUGAGAACAUUACCAGAUCGUUUUAGCACAGUAAACGACCCCCUAAGAAACCAUGUCAAAUUUUUUCUUUGAAUAACCAUCUUGUAUUGUUUAACCCCUGUGAACAUUUGAGUGGUUUUACAAUGCUUUGUCCUGCACUAGCACUGAAAGUGGAUUAAACUUUAUGUAUGAAAGUGAGAGGUGGCCGACGGGUGAAUUGUGCAAUGCUUUACAGAUGUGCCACUAAGAUGAUGCUUUAUGUAGUUUGUAUUUAUUUUUGUGAUUUUUUUUUUUUUCUUUUGCCCUUGAAGCACUGAUGCCUUAAAUAUGAUUAACAUGAUCAUUCAUCUAUUGAAUGCUAUGUUGCCUAAAAUAGGAAAAUUGAUAAAUAUGUAAAAUAUGAUAUAUACAUAUAUUCCUACAUACUUCUACCGCUGCUGUUUUCUUUAUUUUUUAUUUUUUUUCUAACUUUUUUCCCCCAUUUUAAAAUUUCUUGAAAAAUCUGCACACUUGGAAAAUAUUUUAUUGGUAUGUGUAUAAAAUCUGAAAUUUAUGAUUUAGUUCGCAUAAUGUUAUAUAUACUUAAAUGAAGAUAAAUUAUAUUUUAGAACAGUUUAAAGGUCAUAUAAAAGAGUAGAUUUAGGUAAAGAUUUACCUAUGUUAGAGUGAGUUCUGGUAUAAAAACAAAUGGCUUUUUUUGCAUAUGGUCUUUGAAGCACUAAACUAUGGUAAAGUAAAGCAGCUUUACAGGUUAUACUUUCAUAUUGUGAAGUUUAUAGACUUCAGAUAAAGUUAAUUUUUUUUGCCAAACUGUAGAUUCAGUAAUGAUUAUGACCAAAUACUAAAAGCACAAGAAACCUAAACUUUUUAUUGCCUCAUUUGUUUGUUUUUUAAUUUAACAUGUAUAUUCCUUACUACACGUUAAAUACUAAAUUCAACGUUUGUCAUCCUACUUCCUGAUAUGUUAUAGCUAAAAGCUUAGAUUGACCCUUGGAAUCAAUGGUUACUGGCUAAUGUAAAAUAAAAUGCACAUCAAAGGAAUUUUAUAGAUUUUACCACUUUGUCUCUUGGAAAUGUCCUCACACAGCAAGUGUUUUAUGAGAGAGGAAAUAGUAGGUAGCCACUGACUUUUGAGGCUUACGAAUCUCUGCUGAGAUAGAAAUGUAUUUGGAUGGAAAACGAAGGCUGCAUCAGAGUCUGUAUGCAAUUCUCCUUCCAACAUGCUAAGGAAAUUGGGUAUUCUUUCACUUUUAGUGACUGUAGCUUCUACACUUUGUCUGUCCUUGAAAUGUUUGUAGACCUGUUAUGACGUGUCAGAGAUCUUGUUUAAUGCGGUUGGAAGUUGAUUUCUACCCUUCUAUUCCCCGGAAUAGCAGCUGUACCUUGUUGGGGACCGUUCAGUCUGCAAGAAUGGGAGAAAGUUGUUCUUCAGAGGAAAUCUGUUACAGCACCAUUCACACAUACCACAUGCCCAAUAAGCUAACGUCCCUGCAAAGCUUUUUGUAAAUAAGCUAAAAACAGCUUGUUGAUGUAUUUAUUUUCAUUAGCCAAGUAUGGACAUGACGUGUGUCAUGACUUUAGCAAUAACAUAUACUGUAUAUAGCUACAAUAGGACGACUGAUGUUGAAGAUACAUUUGAAGGCAAAUGAAUGCUAAUAGGUGACUUUUAUAACAUUCUCAGGACUUGGGAUUUUUUUUUUUUUUUUUUUUAUUCCACUAAGGAUGAUUUUGUAAAUUGUAUUUUCAUUGUUUGAAAUACUUUGACAGCCACAAAAUCCCGAAUUUAAGUCUCUCUAAAGAGGUGCAAUAACUUGAAUAGCAGUUAAUGUCUUACAGUAGAGGAUAGCAUUAAGUGUAGUUGUAACGCUACAAAACAACUGACCUUAACUGUGUUAACUGACUUUUAAGCCUACAAGUUUGAAUAUAGAUUACCACAAUUAUUACUAAACAAUGGGAACAAUCAUGUGUUUUUGUUUUCAGAGUUUCUAAUGAACCAUAAAAAAUGAUGUGAUUUGUCAUGUACUAAGUAAAACAUAUUUUCAAUAAAAGUAGAGACCAUACA